ACAAAUCUAAAUUUUUAUUCUCAACUUCCGUCACCCUUUUCAAGUCAACUCUCUCUCUCUCUUCUUCAACUCCAUCACCAAACGUGAACUCUCUCAACUUCAAACCCAUCUCUCUCUCUCUCUUAGAGAAAGCAAAUUAAGAAUUGAACAUUUCCAAUUAUCCAUAGUUUCUCUUCCUACUAGCAGAAAUGGGAAACGGAAUCGGAAAGCUAACUCCGUGCUUCGCGGGAGAUAUUUCACGGCGGCGCAACGACGUGGCGCUGUGCCUCUCGGAGCCGCUGGACGAGGGGCUGGGCCACUCCUUCUGCUACAUCCCGCCCGACCCUCUUCACAAAAUCCAAUCUUUGGACGACCCACCAGCCUCGCAAACGACGACGGUGUAUCGCACCAUCUCCGGCGCUUCCAUCUCCGCCAACACCUACACCCCUCUCUCCACCGCCUACGCCGCCGCUUCUGACUCAAUCGACAAAGCUUCCGCCUUUGAGAGCUCCAAUUUCUUCUCCUCUAUCCCGCUCCAGCCAAUCCCCAGAAACUCAACCGCCACCGUUAAAUCCGGCCCGAUCCUCAGAAACUCCGGCCCAAUUUCCGGCCAAAUUGAGCGCGGAUUCCUCUCCGGCCCGAUCGAGAGGAGCUUCAUCUCCGGCCCCUUGGAGAAUCAGUACGAUCAGCAGCUGCAGAGGUACAAGCCCAAAUCCAAUAAAUGGGCUUUAAUCAAGAAUUUCAAGAGAAUUGUAUCCAAAUCAAUCAGGGGUUUCUCUAAGGAAUUGAGAAGAAAUCACAAUCAGGAAAGUCACCAUCAUCAAAAUAUAGAGCCCCAAAAUCACAUUCAAACAAGUAGUAGUAACAGCGGGAACAGCAGCACGAUCACAAGCCACAAUUUGAGCACAGAUAUGAGCUUGAUUGAUGAAAACGACGACGUUGGGGAUGAGUCUUUUGGUAGCCAAAAUUUGCAGUGGGCGCAGGGGAAAGCAGGGGAGGAUAGGGUUCAUGUUGUCAUCUCUGAGGAGCAUGGAUGGGUUUUU